AUGGAGACGCUGCGGGCGCCGCGGCCGCAGGCGGGGGCGGCGGGGUCGUCGCGGGCGCCGCGGGCCGGGGUGACGGCGGGCCCGGCCUCGCCCUCCGCCCCGUCGCCCCCCGGGGUCGGGCUCGCCGCUCCCGCCCCGGCGGCGGGGGCGCCCCCCGGCGGCGGGGGCGCGGCGUCGUCGUCAUCGCCGCCGCCGCCGCCGCCCCCGCCCCCCUCCGCCCCGGGCGGCCCCGCCGUGCUGCGCGAGGCGGUGGAGGCCGUCGUCCGGAGCUUCGCCAAGCACACGCAGGGCUACGGCCGAGUGAACGUGGUGGAGGCCCUGCAGGAGUUCUGGCAGAUGAAGCAGUCCCGGGGGGCCGACCUGAAGAACGGGGCGCUGGUGGUCUACGAGAUGGUCCCCUCCAACAGCCCCCCGUACGUCUGCUACGUCACCCUGCCCGGCGGGAGCUGCUUCGGCAGUUUCCAGUUCUGCCCCACUAAAGCGGAGGCCCGGCGCAGCGCGGCCAAGAUCGCCCUGAUGAACUCCGUCUUCAACGAACACCCUUCCCGGCGGAUCACGGAGGAGUUCAUCGAGAAGAGCGUGUCGGAGGCCUUGGCGUCUUUCAACGGCAACCCGGAGGAAGCGGACAAUCCCAACACGGGCAUCGGCGCCUUCCGCUUCAUGCUCGAGUCCAACAAGGGCAAGUCGAUGCUGGAGUUCCAGGAGCUGAUGACGGUUUUCCAGCUGCUGCACUGGAACGGCAGCCUGAAAGCCAUGCGGGAACGACGAUGCUCGCGGCAGGAGGUCCUGGCCCAUUACUCCCACCGGACCCUGGACGACGACAUCCGUCACCAGAUGGCCCUGGACUGGGUGAGCCGGGAGCAGGGGGCGGCGGGGGCCCUGUCGCGGGAGCUGGCCGGCACCGAGCGGGAGCUGGACGAGGCGCGGCUGGCCGGCAAGGAGCUGCGCUUCCACAAGGAGAAGAAGGACAUCCUCCUCCUGGCCGCCGGGCAGCUCGGCUCCCUGCGCUCGGCCACCUGCUAGGCCGCGUCCCGGCCCCGGCCGCCCACCUCCCCGCGUCCGGGCCGGUCCCGGCCCCUCUCUCGGCUUCUCGUCCUCCGCCCCGCGCUCAGUCUCGGCGCCGGGGUGGACGCGGGCGAAUCGGGCCGCACGCGGUCGCGGGGGGCUCCCCGGCCGUUCCGUUUCCGUCCCGUCGGGCCCGGGGGCCGCGGCGCCCCGCCGACCCCCCCCCCCCCCUCCCCGGACGACCCCGAGCCGUCGGCUCGGCAGCGAGGCACUUUAAGAGCGCACCCGACCCGCCCGCCUUCACGCCCCCUCCCGCCCGGCGCCUCUCCCAUUUCCGGCCCCCCGCUUCGGAGGACGGACCCCUACCCGCCCCAGACGGCCCCCCGCUUCUCCCCCGGCGCACACGGGGUCCCCCUCGGGAGAAGCGGCGGGCAGCGGUGCCCCCGGCCUCCCCGGCCCCGGCCCCGGCCCCGGCGGCGGUCCCGCCCGCCCCCCUCGUCGCCCCGGCCCCGGGAAGGAGCCGGGCGCCUCUUUCCGCCGGCUUCCGACCGCCUCCCUUUGGACUCCCUCCGGGGUGGGGGCCGGGGGCCGUCAGUCGGAAACCCACCCCUCUUCUUCGGCCCCCCGCCCCGAGGGGACCCGCGCGCCCGCCUUCGGCCCCGGCCCGCCGCCGUGACCCGACGGAGAGGUCAUCGGGUUCACCCCCCUCUUCCGUGGGCGGGUGGGCCUCACGCUUCCGGCCUCCUUCCCCGCCGAAUUUCGCUCCGCACGGCCUCCCGGACCCCGACCCUCCGCCCAACGGGGGCGACCGGAAAGGACCACCCCCCGGUGACCCCGAGAUCCGCCGACGGGCGCAUUCGGUUCCCCGCCCUCUCCCGCCCGCCCCGGGACCCCAAACCCCCAUCCUGCCCUAUGUAUUUCGUACGUAUAAUUUUAUAUAAUAAACGACUUUUGUGUA